GUGUGUAGGUGUCUGUGGGUAGGUGUGCAAGGGUGUGUGUGCACGCACGUGUAGGUGUGUGUGGGUAGUGUCUGCGUGUGUGUAUAGGUAUCUGGGUGAAGGUGCCUUUGGGCGGGUGUGGGUGUAGGCGUGUGUGGGUGCGUGUAGGUGUCGGGGGGUAGGCGUGUGUGGCUGAGCGUGUGCGUCUCGGUGUCCUUGGGUAGGUGCUUGGGGGUGGCAGGGUGCGCGGGUGUCCGGCCCGCCGCGGCCCCAUGGCCUCGGAGAGCGUCAAGGUGGUGGUGCGCUGCCGGCCCAUGAACCAGCGGGAGAAGGAGCUGCACUGCCAGGCCGUGGUCACCGUGGACUGCGCCCGCGGCCAGUGCUUCAUCCAGAACCCCGGAGCCGCCGACCAGCCCCCCAAACAGUUCACCUUCGACGGCGCCUACUCCCUGGACCACUACACGGAGCAGAUCUACAACGAGAUCGCCUACCCGCUGGUGGAGGGCGUGACGGAAGGCUACAAUGGCACCAUCUUUGCGUAUGGCCAGACGGGCAGUGGCAAGUCCUUCACCAUGCAGGGCCUCUCGGACCCGUCUUCCCAGAGGGGCGUCAUCCCCAGAGCGUUUGAGCACAUUUUCGAGAGCGUCCAGUGUGCCGAAAACACCAAGUUCUUGGUUAGAGCCUCAUACCUGGAGAUCUACAACGAAGAUAUCAGAGAUCUGCUCGGCGCGGACACAAAGCAGAAGCUGGAGCUGAAGGAGCACUCGGAGAAGGGCGUCUACGUCAAGGGCCUGUCCAUGCACACGGUGCACAGCGUGGCUCAGUGCGAGCGCAUCAUGGAGACUGGCUGGAAAAACCGCUCGGUGGGCUACACGCUGAUGAACAAGGACUCCUCCCGCUCCCACUCCAUCUUCACCAUCAGCAUCGAGAUCUGCUCUGUGGACGAGCGAGGCAAAGACCACCUCCGAGCGGGCAAACUCAACCUGGUGGACCUGGCCGGCAGCGAGAGGCAGUCGAAAACCGGAGCCACGGGGGAGCGGCUCAAAGAGGCCACCAAGAUUAACCUGUCCCUGUCGGCCCUGGGCAACGUCAUCUCGGCCCUGGUGGACGGCAGGUGCCGGCACAUCCCCUACCGGGACUCCAAGCUGACCCGGCUCCUGCAGGACUCCCUGGGGGGCAACACCAAGACCCUCAUGGUGGCCUGCCUGUCGCCCGCCGACAACAACUACGACGAGACCCUCAGCACCUUGCGCUACGCCAACCGGGCCAAGAACAUCAAGAAUAAGCCGCAGAUCAACGAGGACCCCAAGGACGCCCUGCUGAGGGAGUAUCAGGAGGAGAUAAAGAAGCUCAAGGCCAUUCUGGCCGAGCAGAUGAACGCCAAUAACCUCUCGGUUCUGCUGUCGAACCGGGUCCCGGCCGACCCGGCCCAGGCCGAGAUGAAGCCACUUCCCCCAGCGGGUGCUCAGCUGGACACGGAGGCGGAGAAGCAGCUGAUCCGUGAGGAGUACGAGCAGCGUCUGGCCCAGCUGAAGGCCGACUACGAGGCCGAGCAGGAAUCGAGAGCCAGGUUGGAGGAGGAUAUCACUGCCAUGCGCAAUUCCUACGAUGUGAAGCUCUCCACCUUGGAAGAAAAUCUCAGGAAGGAAGCAGAAGCUGCCCAUAAGACCGAGACCCUCGCUAGGGAAGAAAGCGUCUUAGAUGAGACGUCGGCUCCGCCGUCUCCACCGGCCGCACCAGCCCCGGCGCCCGAAGCGGAGCCGAAGCCAGCCAAGCUUCCCCCCGGACACCAGGAACAGGAGGAGCCCCAGAUGGCCCAGCACGUCGGGAGCGUGAAGAGAGACAGCCCGACCUCGGAGGCCCUGGCUGUGGACCAGCAGCAAGUCCUCGCCAGGUCAGUCCCGGACCUCGGAGACCCCCGCCGGACCCUCGUGAGGUUGCAGAUGCUGGAACAGCAGGUGGUGGGAGGCGAACAGGCGAAGAACAAGGACCUGAAAGAGAAGCUCAAGAGCCGGAAGAGGUACGCGGAUGAACGGAAGAAGCAACUGGUCGCAGCUCUGCAGAACUCGGACGAGGACGGGGGUGACUGGGUCCUUUUGAACGUCUACGAUUCCAUUCAGGAAGAAGUGAGGGCCAAGAGCAAACUCCUGGAGAAGAUGCAGAAAAAGCUGCGGGCCGCCGAGGUGGAAAUCAAAGACCUGCAGUCGGAGUUUGAGCUGGAGAAGAUCGAUUACCUGGCCACCAUCCGCCGGCAGGAGCGGGACUUCCUGCUCUUCCAGCAGCUCCUGGAACAGAUGCAGCCCCUGAUUCGCCGGGACUGUAACUAUAGCAACCUGGACAAGAUCAAGCGGGAAUCCUCCUGGGAUGAAGAGAACGGCUUCUGGAAGGUCCCCGAACCGGUCAUUAUGAAAACCAGCCUCCCCAUAGUUUCAACACUGCCACAGAGUAAGCCAGCCCGAAAGAGCUCUUCGGCGGAGAAUGGAGACUCGACAACGGAAGAAGACCGCUACAGGGUGAUGCUCAGCAGGAGCGACAGCGAAAAUAUCGCCAGUAACUACUUCCGAUCCAAACGGGCCAGCCAGAUCCUCUGCUCGGAUCCCAUGAGGAGCCUCGCUUUUCACAACUCGCCCCCCGGAUUGAACACCCCCCUGAACAACAGCUCGGCCAUCCUGUCGCCCAUCUCGCCCGCUCAGGCGACGGACAUGCCCCAGCCGCGACCCUUCCGCCUCGAGUCCCUCGAGAUCCCCUUCACUAAGGCCAAGCGCAAGAAGAGCAAAAAUAACUUCGGCAGCGAGCCCUUCUGAUGACCGGCCCCGUCCCGCCCGCCCUCUCUCCGGCCCGGGAGGGCUCCCGGAAGACGACGGCUUUCGGGAGACCGGCGAGGGCCCCCGGCAGCCAGGCCGGAACCGCCGUUGAUCCUCACCUCCCCUUAGGACGACUGCUCCCCUCCCUCCGCCCCGGGCGGCCAUUUCUUCAGCCGCUAUUUCUUCCUCCGAUCGCCACCGGCCCCGGCGGGUGGAAAGCCCAAGGCCCGUGCUCGGCAGUCUUGCCUUUCGUUUGGGUGGAGGAAUUCUCCUCACUCCCCGUAGCCCCGGAUAUCCCUUUAUACUAGUUUCUUAUGCAGUAUUUAUUUUCUGGUUCACGUUUCACCCCCAACCUGAGCCUAGAUAGUAUUGCCUACUCCUUCGCAUCCCGAGCCUUGCACAGCUGCCUUCCCCGAGUCCCCAAGCCUUCGAGAGAGUAGCCCGGACCACGGUCGCUUUCUCCAAGACGCCAAGGCCGUGAGGAAAAUGGUUUGUCUUUGCCGUUUAUUGACCGCUGAUUCCUGGAGAGAGCAAUCGUGCCCGCGCAGGGUAACGGAAAAGAUGCUUCUGCCUUGGUGUCAUCCCAACGGAUUCGGUAACAUCGGGGAACCUCUUCAGACAACUGCCUGGAUUUGAAUGGCUUAGCUCUCUCUUAGGCAGGGCGUGUUAUAUUAAAACGUCGCAAUAAACUGC